AAUCGCCUACAACUCGAUAAUAUCAAUGCCUCGACAUUUUCGCUGAGAAAAAAAUCCAUUUCUAAAUUAGAAAGAAUUGGUCAUUCAAAUGACAUUCACGAGUUUCGGAAUAUUUUAUACAAUUCAAUUACACCGGAUAGCUGCAGAGAUAUCGACCGUGGAAAAUACAAAGACUUCACGUUCGAUCAUUCCUACUGGUCCUUCGACCCGAAAGACAACAAUUAUGCGUCUCAGGAAGAGAUAUAUAGAAAAUUUAGUGUUAUACGAACCAAAGUGGAAAAUGCGACGAGCUAUAAUAACUUGUAAUCAAGUGCAGACUGAGGUGAUAACAGAAGGCCGUUGGAUAGAGGAAAGUCCAUUACCUCAUUCCAGCAAGCAUAUGAUAUUAGUGCUUCCGGGAAAUCCGAGUGUUCCACGAUUCUAUGGGGAUUUCAUGAAAACGCUCAGUUUGAGAUUAACGUCGGACAUACCCGUAUGGCUCAUCGGACACGCUGGACAUGCCCAACCGCCAAACAAUCUGGACAUUGCUAUCCCCAGCGACGAAAAAUGGACAGAAUACUACGGUUUGACAGCACAGAUUCAACAAAAGGUGGAAUUUAUAAAGAAGUAUGUUCCAGAGGAUGCUCAACUACAUCUUAUUGGACAUUCCAUAGGUGCCUGGAUGGUGCUCAAUUUAUUGAAAAACAAUGAUAUCAAUAAAAGAAUAAAAAAGUGUUAUCUUUUAUUUCCCGUAAUAGAAAAUAUGGCAGAUACUCCUAAUGGAAGAUUCUUCAAUAACUUUACAUUACGUAUUGCACCAGUGUUGAUCUUUCUAUCUUGGAUAUUCACAACAGUGUUUCCAUCAUCUCUGCAAGUGUUAAUGAUACGUAUCUUUGGUCUACUUUCUGGCUUUCAAGUUAAAUCUGUCACGGCAAUACAGGAAAUGCUAAAUCUAAAAGUCUUUCGCAGAGUAAUCUAUCUUGGAAAAGAUGAAAUGAAAUGUGUGAGAGAAGUUGAUCAUGAAAUCAUAUCAAAAAAUUCUGACAAACUUUGGUUUUAUUAUGGUGCUACUGAUGGCUGGGCUCCAAAGAAAAUCUAUGAAAAUAUGAUAUCUAAAUACCCUAAUUUAAAUGCUCAAUUAUGCCAACAUGGUUUUCAACAUGCUUUUGUGCUAAAAGAUAGCGUAGCUAUGGGACACAUUGUUGGCGAUCUCAUCAACGAACAUUCCAAAUAUUGAUGUUGCAUUUCAGAUAUUAAUGCUACAUUUCUUGAUUGCAUCUAAUUAUAUAUAUAUAUGUAUUGUCAUAAAAAUGACAAUUUAAAAUUAUUACGUAACAAUAUAAAAAUAAUAAUGAAUGACAGUAAACGGUUAAGUUAAAUUAACAUGGAUAUACGGCAAUUUAUAUUUUAUAUGCAUUAUAUAUUAUAAUGGAUAAGUAAAAUAUCCAAAAUUACACAAAAAUACUUACAUUAUUAUUAUCAUUAUUUGUAUACUCUAUUGUUAUUUUUGAUAUGGUUUUAAUAUGGAUUAUUGGGUUUUGAUAUGGGUUAUUGUUAUAAGAACAAAAUAGUAUAUAUAGUAUAUUACUUAUGUUAUACAGAAAGUAAAAGAUAAUAAAUUGUUAA